CCAGAUUCCCCCUUCCCCUGGCAGUCCCUUCCGCUUCCCCGGCUCCCGGGGUGACAUCUGCGGGCCGGGGACCUGCCGGCGUGCGCGCGCCAAGGGGCGGAAGAAUGGCAGUGCUCAAACUCACCGACCAGCCACCACUGGUCCAAGCAAUCUUCAGCGGUGAUCCAGAGGAGAUACGGAUGCUCAUCCACAAAACUGAAGAUGUGAAUGCUCUGGAUUCUGAAAAACGAACCCCUCUUCAUGUGGCCGCGUUUCUGGGAGAUGCAGAGAUCAUUGAACUCCUGAUUCUGUCAGGAGCUCGUGUAAAUGCCAAGGACAACAUGUGGCUGACCCCUCUGCACCGGGCGGUUGCUUCCAGAAGUGAAGAAGCAGUUCAAGUAUUGAUCAAGCACUCGGCUGACGUCAACGCGAGGGAUAAGAACUGGCAGACCCCUCUCCACGUGGCAGCAGCCAAUAAGGCCGUCAAAUGUGCAGAAGUGAUCAUUCCCCUGCUGAGCAGUGUCAAUGUCUCCGACCGAGGGGGACGUACAGCUUUGCACCAUGCAGCUCUGAAUGGCCAUGUGGAGAUGGUCAAUUUGCUCUUGGCCAAAGGGGCAAACAUCAAUGCAUUUGACAAGAAGGACCGGCGUGCUCUGCACUGGGCAGCAUAUAUGGGCCACCUGGAUGUUGUAGCCUUGCUCAUUAACCAUGGCGCAGAAGUAACCUGCAAGGAUAAGAAGGGUUAUACUCCCCUGCAUGCUGCAGCCUCCAACGGACAGAUCAACGUUGUCAAGCACCUGCUGAAUCUGGGGGUUGAGAUUGAUGAGAUCAAUGUCUAUGGAAACACAGCACUUCACAUCGCCUGCUACAACGGCCAGGAUGCCGUGGUAAACGAGCUGAUCGACUACGGUGCAAAUGUGAACCAGCCAAACAACAACGGCUUCACCCCUUUGCAUUUUGCUGCUGCCUCCACACAUGGUGCUUUGUGUCUGGAAUUGUUAGUAAACAAUGGGGCGGAUGUCAACAUUCAGAGUAAAGAUGGCAAAAGUCCAUUGCACAUGACAGCUGUCCACGGAAGAUUCACACGGUCACAGACCCUCAUUCAGAAUGGAGGUGAAAUUGACUGUGUGGAUAAGGAUGGCAACACUCCUCUCCAUGUGGCUGCAAGAUACGGUCAUGAGCUUUUGAUUAACACCCUAAUAACCAGCGGAGCUGACACAGCCAAAUGUGGAAUCCAUAGCAUGUUCCCUUUACAUUUAGCUGCCCUAAACGCUCACUCUGACUGCUGCAGGAAGUUGUUAUCAUCGGGCUUUGAAAUAGAUACCCCAGAUAAAUUUGGAAGAACGUGCCUUCAUGCUGCUGCUGCAGGAGGUAAUGUGGAAUGUAUAAAACUCUUGCAGAGCAGUGGAGCAGAUUUCCAGAAGAAGGACAAGUGUGGCAGGACCCCUUUGCACUAUGCAGCUGCGAAUUGUCAUUUCCACUGUAUCGAGACGUUAGUGACCACAGGGGCCAACGUUAAUGAAACAGACGACUGGGGGCGGACAGCUCUGCACUAUGCUGCGGCAUCAGACAUGGAUAGAAAAAGUAAGACCAUCUUAGGAAAUGCUCAUGAAAAUUCAGAAGAACUUGAAAGAGCCAGGGAGCUGAAGGAAAAGGAAGCCGCAUUAUGUUUAGAGUUUCUGCUUCAAAAUGAUGCAAAUCCAUCCAUUCGGGACAAGGAAGGUUAUAAUAGCAUCCAUUACGCUGCUGCCUAUGGCCACAGACAAUGUUUGGAGUUGCUUUUGGAAAGAACCAACAGUGGUUUUGAGGAAUCAGAUUCCGGUGCUACCAAGAGUCCGCUCCACUUAGCAGCAUACAACGGGCACCACCAAGCCCUGGAAGUUCUUCUGCAGUCACUGGUGGACCUGGACAUCAGGGAUGAGAAAGGCCGCACCGCUCUGGAUCUGGCCGCCUUUAAGGGACACACAGAAUGUGUGGAAGCACUUGUCAAUCAGGGUGCAUCCAUCUUUGUGAAAGACAAUGUAACCAAAAGAACCCCACUUCAUGCCUCAGUAAUUAACGGCCAUACCCUGUGUUUGCGGCUAUUACUAGAAAUUGCAGACAACCCAGAAGCAGUUGAUGUGAAAGAUGCCAAAGGACAAACCCCACUGAUGCUCGCAGUAGCAUAUGGACAUAUCGAUGCUGUUUCUUUGUUACUUGAAAAGGAAGCCAACGUAGACGCUGUUGACAUCAUGGGAUGCACAGCUUUACACAGAGGGAUUAUGACAGGACACGAAGAGUGUGUGCAGAUGCUGCUGGAAGACGAAGUGUCAAUUCUCUGUAAAGAUUCCAGAGGAAGGACGCCCUUGCACUAUGCAGCCGCUAGGGGCCACGCCACGUGGCUGAGUGAGCUGCUCCAGAUGGCUCUUUCUGAGGAGGACUGUUGCUUCAAAGAUAACCAAGGCUACACACCACUGCACUGGGCUUGCUACAAUGGUAAUGAAAACUGCAUAGAGGUUCUUUUGGAGCAAAAAUGUUUCCGCAAAUUUGUUGGUAAUCCCUUUACUCCACUGCACUGUGCAAUAAUCAAUGAUCAUGAGAACUGUGCAUCACUGUUACUCGGGGCCAUAGAUUCUAGUAUUGUCAGUUGCAGAGACGACAAAGGCAGGACACCCCUCCAUGCAGCAGCCUUUGCUGACCACGUGGAGUGCCUGCAGCUUCUUUUGAGACACAACGCUCAAGUGAAUGCGGUAGACAAUUCAGGGAAAACGGCGCUGAUGAUGGCUGCUGAGAACGGACAGGCGGGCGCCGUGGAUAUUUUGGUGAACAGUGCCCAGGCUGAUCUGACCAUAAAGGAUAAGGACUUGAAUACACCCUUACAUUUGGCUAGUAGUAAAGGUCAUGAGAAAUGUGCCUUGUUAAUACUUGACAAGAUACAAGAUGAGAGCCUUAUUAAUGCAAAAAAUAAUGCACUGCAGACACCCCUCCACAUUGCUGCACGCAAUGGCUUGAAGGUGGUAGUCGAGGAGUUGCUGGCCAAAGGAGCCUGUGUGCUUGCUGUAGAUGAAAAUGGUCAUACCCCGGCCCUGGCUUGUGCUCCUAACAAAGACGUGGCUGACUGCCUGGCCCUCAUUUUGGCUACCAUGAUGCCUUUUUCUCCUUCCAGUACAAUGACGGCUGUCAACUUCGUGUGUUUAAAAAAAGACAAUUUGAGCAGGACGACCCUCUCCAAUCUGGGUAGCAUGGUUAGCCUGUGCAGUAACAACAUAGGCUCGGAGGAUGGGUACAAUGAAAAUGAUUCUGAUUCGGAAACAUUCUGACUUUGCACUGUAGAAGCUUUUCUUUGAUCACUGGUGUUGGAGGAAGGGAAAGAGGCUUAAAUUCCAGGUUGCUAUCCAAGUGUUAUUUGGGGCCUGAGCUUCCAGAAGCCAGUAGGGAAGGAAUUAAACAGAGGAAGGGCAGCUAGGCUGAAACACCUAGAAAUGGGCCCAGUUUUGUUUUGUUUGCUGUUUCCUUGGGUACUUUCAUGAAAGUCUACCUCUCAUUUUAAGUAAGGAAUUUUUAAUAUAUGUGCUGCCGAAGCGAGCACACUAAGUAAGGGAUUUUUAAAAUGUAUUUAAUCCUUUUUCUUUGGGGAUAAUGCAACAGAGAGGCAGUGGUUUCUUGUGAAAAGUUUUUUUUUCCUGUACUCAGCAGAGAGUUCUGGGAAGUGUAUCAGUGUGGCAUUCCUGUCCCCUGGGAGGGGAGGGAAGAGUGGGUAGGAAAUGCCUCACUUUGAUGUUUACUUCCUCACUAGAAGCCAAAGGUAAAGGUGUUCAUCUUCAGAGUAAUGCCUGUAAUAAUCUUUGUAAGAGAGGCCAGCUGUUUAUGUCUUCUCAAAUAAGCACUUAAAUAUCCAGAACUUCUUUCUGAGUUCUUUCUGAGAACUUUGUCUUUGUUAAAGUUGCCGGAUGAAUUGAAAGAUGGAACUUGCUUUUCUAAAUUGUUUUUUAACAUAAAUGUGGCACCCUAGUGCUCCCGAUAACAAUCCUGUCACUAAUUUUCACCUGAGUGAUUGAACCCAAAUCUAUCGCAUAACACUUCCAGUGAAAAUUAUAUUGUACCAAAACUUUCAGACAAUAUGCAAAUUUAAAAGGGAACUACCCUUUGAUCGUUGAUUCUUAAAUCAACAUACUAACUUUUCAAAUGCAUCAGAAUCAUCAGCAUUGCUCUUCAGUAGUAAAAUGUUAAAUGAGCUUCUCAGUCAAGGUCAUUGCCAAGUGAGUGAAAGUGUGCCUGCAAAAAUGAACAAAGAAAGUGAAAGCAAGAAGUGGAAAUGGGUGAUAUGGAAAUUACAGCCAAUUGCCAGUUGCUUGAUGAUAAAAUCAACGUAGUGAAUACUGUGUCUGCUCCCUCUGCCAAAGCUUCUAGGUCAAACGGACCCCGUUCCACCCCUGGAACAGCUGUACAAAAGGAAGAAUGAGACUCUUUAAAAAUUAUGCACAUACAUACUCACACAUAUAUGUGUAUGUAGAUAUGUAUGUAGUUCAUCAACCAGCUACCCAUGAGGACCAAAAUGCUUCAGUCUGAAAUGGAAGAUUUAAACUUUUUUUCUUCAAAAUGCAAGUGAGAACUGAAGUAGUUUUUCUAUGGAGUUAGAAUGUAACCUUUUUGCAUACCAGUCUUUGUUGUAUUUUAUAUUUCUUAUGAUACAGAUUUCUAGUUGACAGCUUAACAUUUGUAACUGAUGAUGUGUUGACCACAGUUUUUUUGUUUUUUGCCAAACUAGAGAAAAUGUCCAUAUACUUUUGAUGUAAAUGUGUUUAUAUUUAUUUGAAAUGAAACAAAUGCUGAGGAAACAUCCAUUGUUUGUUCUCUGUUUUAAUUGCUAUAUAUCUUAUUUAGAAUAACAAAAAAGUGGAAAAAAUAUUUGACCCUGGGCUAGCCAACAGCCCUGGGGCCACACCCAGCAUUUCCACUGCUGAGCUCCCAGCUGGCCCUCACCUUCAUUCACACUCAGCCUCGGCGUGUAGCCGACUUAGAGCUUAGCAGACAUUGCAGUCCAUAUGCUCUUCUGCAACAGGAAAACCGAAAUGUGACUACGUGAGAGUGGCCCAAAGAAAGUCCAGAAAUACCCCAAACUAUGCUGAAAAACCAGGGUCCCAGUAACCCAGUGGGAAAUAGGUCAGUGUGUGGGCACUGUGCCAAGAGGAGAAAUAAAAAUCACCAGCUCUCAUGCUUUUUUCCACUUGAGGAAGAGACAGGAAAAAUAAUGUCCCAUUAGGACAGUCCUACUCAACAAUUUAUAAUGGGUUCCAUUUUUUACCCUGGAAAUUUCUAUUUUAUAGUGUAUGUGAGAUAUUUGUUAAAACAGUGUUAAGUUGUACCUGGAUCAAAUACAGAUCCUGGGUUGUAUUUUUCAUUCAGCUAUAAAAGACUUUACUCUUGUUCUUUUAAUAUCCUGGAUUUAAUUAAAACUCAUAUUAGGUUCUUUAUAAUUGAGAACUUGUUCGAAGGACUUAUAAAACUGAUACUAAUUUCAACUGAAAUUUUUCAACACCACCACCAUUAUGUUUUGAAUUCUUGGUGUGGUGCUCCCCUCCUUCUUCUGCCCUUUUGUUAUUUUAGAGAAGAUACAUGUUUAAAGAAAUAGGUAAAUUGGUAAUGAGCAAUAAUAACCUUCUCUUUUUACCAAAACCCUGAAAAUAAGGGAGAUGCUGUAUUGAAGAAGCACAAUAUACUGCGGUGUCUUUUUUCUGGAAGUGAAUGGAAAUCUUGCUCAGUUGGCAUUUAAGGCAGAAGAUGAAAUGCCUGCGAAGCAGCAUUGACAUUUUUCCUGUAGAGUAGCAGAGAGUACAAGGAUCAUUUCAGCCAAGCAGUGAGCGACCAUGAGACAUUUUUCUCCAUGGGGCUGCUUUUAGAUUUUCCCCCACUCUCUCUCCCUCUCUCUCAAGGGAGGAAGACAAAGGAACAAAAUAAAAUCAUGCUCACAAUGAACUGCUUGUUGAAUCAAUCAAUGUCUUUCUAGCCCUCCCUCCAAUUCUCCCUGUCCCCAAGACUAAAUUUCUUUUUUUAAGAAAUGACUUUUACAAAAACUGUAAUUUCUGUGUGUUUCAAUUACAUCUCUUAGAACAAAUUUAUGUUUGCAAUAGAGCUUUUUAAGAAAAAAUGAACCAGAAAACUUUGUGUUUUUAAUUGAGUCUUAGUUGCUUCGUGCUUUUACCUAAACGUGUUAUUUUUAGGCUGUAUUUUAACCAUAGCCGCAGGGAUCACGAUGCUGUAUGCACUUACCUAUUCGCCAGUGUCUGCCUGUCUUUGGUAUAUACAUUACUAUCUCCAAAUUGCCUAAAAUCUGCUAUGAUUCUACAGUAAAUAGCUCAGGGGAUUUCUAUUUAUCACUACUAAAAGGGCACCAUAGUAUGUUUUGGUACUUGAGGCAGUCAACAGCUGCUUGAUUUAUUAUUUUAUUAUUAAAUUAGAACAGGAACAUCAAAUGGAUUUGCUGCACUAGUUAUUCUUUGUACUGUUGAGCAACUUGGUUUGCUUAUCUGUUGUGUUGGUUGAAGAAUUCAUCCCUUAUUUGUCUUGUAAUAUCAAGUUAGAGUGCCUUUUUAUAUUUGUAUAUUCUGAUAAUGUUUUGUGAAAUGUUUUGUAUUUUUUUCAUUGGAGUGUUAGCAAUAUAAUACCAGUGAGUUUUCAUUUCAACCUUUCUUUGAAUGUAUAAAGUAUCUUUUUUCCUAUUUCCCCUUUUUCUUGCUUUGAAAUGAAAAUGCUAAAGUUUUCUAUAGGAAUAAUGUUUGGUUUUGUAGUGCUGAAAUGCUUUCUUCUUACAAAACUGUAAACCAUAGGUCAGUAUUAUAGGGCAAAAGUGUUUUAAGAUAGUGACAAUCUGAGUGUGUGUACAAAAUGUAAUUCUAUGCGUUUCUUAUGCAGUGAUCUAAAAAUUCAAUGCAAAUAUCUUUUGUUUGGUAGUUUUGUCUGCAUAUUUUAUGCUUUAGCAUGUGCAAUAUAUCUUUGCGAAGCACGAUGAAACAAAUCUGGUGCCAGUGUUAUAUUUUGCAUAACAUAUUUGUAACAGCAUAAAAUAUUGUUUGAUGAUUUCAGUGGAAUUUUGUCUGUAAUGUUUUCUUAUAUAAAUUGGAGUUGAAUGACUCUGGUAAAUGCCAUGACUGUAAAAAUGAGGGAAAUGACUUUUAGUUCAGUGAAUGACUUUGAACCAGUCUGAAUCUUCUCAAGCACAGUUUCAUGCUUUCGCGACUACUGAAUGCUCUAGUAAUGUAAUGAAGUACUUAACUGUAAUAUACUCUGGAAAUGCAUUCAGAUUGUUAUUUUUACAAAUAAAAACGGUACAAAU